CGAGAACGAUUUCUGUGUGGAUUUCGAGCAUCAAAUUUCGCCUUCUCCUUCUUCCUCAGGUCACACUCUCGCCCUCGCAAGCCAGCUCCUCACCGCCCGCCUCCCCCUUUACUCUUUACCUCAUCUUGCACAAGCCCGUAGUCCCUCUCGUUUUCUUUCACCACCCUUCAGCAUGAUCAUUUACAAGGACAUCCUCACCGACGACGAGAUCAUCUCUGACGUCUUCGAUCUCAAGGAGGUCGACGGUGCCGUCUAUGAGGCCGAUUGCAAGACCAUCAAGGUUGGCGGUGAAACCUUCGACACGGGUGCCAACGCUUCUGCCGAAGAAGCCGAUGAGGGUACCGACGACCAGGUCGAGACAAAGAUUGAUGUCGUCUACUCGUUCCGCUUGCAGCCUACAAACUUCGACAAGAAAGGUUACCUCGCAUAUCUCAAAGGCUACAUGAAGUCGGUCAAGGAAAAGCUGAAGGAGAAUGGUGCCGACGAAUCUGAGAUUGCUGCAUUCGAGAAGGGCGCACAAGCCUAUGCCAAGAAGGUUGUUGCCUCGUUCAAGGACUGGGAGUUCUACACCGGCGAGAGCAUGAAUCCAGAUGGCAUGGUUGUUUUGCUCAACUAUCGUGAGGACGGCAUCACCCCCUAUGUUGCCGUCUGGAAGCACGGUCUUACCCAGAUGAAAGUCUAAAGCUGAUGGCGGCGUGGUCGGGACUUGAAACCUGGGAAGAUGACGAAGAUAUGCACUUGACCACCACUAAGUCGGUUGUUUCCUCCGACGAGUUACAUGCGGGGCGUAGAGAUAGAACUGUAUCGCCUGUUGCGCGCUCGAAUAUGAAACGUGGAAAUGCAUGUCUUCCAUUUCCUCUUUUAACCCUUCAAGUAAGCACAUCCCGAACAUGUUCCAGUCAAGCAACCAUCGAACUGUUUUUCCUCGAAGAUCCGUGAUUCACACAUUCAACUCUUGCUUUUUAUCCGCAUGCCUCAUAUUGAUCUGCUCCUCUAAAGGCUUGAUCGUCAACCCUCCCGAUUCACGAAAUUGUUCUCUUCCUCCAAUCUUCUCGUGCCCACAUAAUUUGUUGAAAAAAUUUUGCCGGAGAGGUGUUUACAUGAUCGAUUGGACAGUUCAAAAAGCCCUCUCCGCUCUCUUUUGAUAUUGAUUAGAGGAAGAACCCGAUAAAUUUCCCAUGAGCAUGUUCUUGAGGCAUAUUGAUCCAAAUUUUUUUCUUGGACUCGGAUGUGAGCAUUGCCAUUUGACAACGACCAAAGUCGAAAUACAAGCGCAAGUGAAUUACCUUCUCCGUCGCCAAAUGGACUGUACUUGAGACCGCAAGCGUGGCGGGACUACAGUAAAAGGCAAAGGCAGGUAUGGAACCCCACUUUGUUGUUCAGGCUGGCUUCAAACUCCCCAACAAUAAUUCUGUCCCUUCAUGAAGCAGUAACAAGAUCGUUUUCGCUUGCAGAAGCACUACCAGCUCCCAUCGACUGCUGGCAACGUAGGAAGACUAGAAUGAGCAAAUUUCCCACUCCUUGUCUUCAAUUCUGGCACUUCUUCUCUUUGAUUAUUUGUUCUAGUACGUUGCAACGUGUGCCAAGGAGAGGACGAUGAGAUUA